CAAAAGUGUUAAGGGGGUCAUCCGGUAGAUGAUCGACAGUGGAGAGCUGGGCAAAGAUUACUUGCAGAAAGUCCAGGAGAAGAGUCAUCAAUGGGUUAGGCCGACUGCCCCAGAAGAUGACCGGGACAACGACCGGCGGAGGAAUAACCGGCCAAGGGAGCGGCAACCUGCUCCCGAAAAAGAGCACAUCGGCAUGAUCUUCGGCGGACCUGAGGGUGGUGAUUCAGCCGCGCAGCGGAAGAACUGGGUCCGGAGCAUUUACGUUGGCUUCACGGGAGACACCGUUGAAGCUGAAGGAUCCAUAGUUCUACUGGUCGAACUAGGAUCAGGUGAAAAGACCGUGUGGAAGAAGAUGCGGUUCAUAGUUGUGGACAUCAAAUGCGUCCACAACGCAAUUCUUGGAAGGCCAGGCAUCAAUGGAGUCGGGGCGGUGAUUUCCAUGCCUCAUCUAUGCAUGAAGUUCCACACUCCAGGUGGUGUGGAUGAGGUGAAGGGCGACCAGAAGAGCGCCCGGGAAUGCUAUGCCCAGGCAGUCAAGAAGAUGACCAAGGGGGUCAAUGUCAUCUCCCAAGAAAUCACAAAGGGAGAGAUCCGGGAGAAAUUGGAGCCCGAGGCCAAGACGGUGGAAAUCAAACUUCACCCGGGUGAUUCUUCGAGGAUGGUCAGAGUUGGAGCAAAUCUCCCCAAGGAUCUCAAGGUAGAGAUUACACGGGUCCUCCAAGAAUACGCGGGCAUAUUCGCAUGGAGCGUGGCGGAUAUGCCCGGGAUAGAUCUCUCUGUUAUCUGCCACCGGUUGGCCGUGAGGGAGGGAAGUCGACCGUGGGAGAUGGAAGUUGACGGGGCAUCCAGUCGUAGAGGAUAUGGGGGUGGUAUCGUGUUCACCACCCCAGAAGGGUUCAAGAUCUACCAUGCAAUCGUCUUCAACUUCAAGCUGACGAACAAUGAGGCAGAGUAUGAAGCUCUGGCUGGAGGGCUCAGGCUUGCCCAAGCCCUGAAAAUCAGCCGGGUCAGUAUCAAAUUAGACUCUAGCAUGAUUGUUGGGCAAGUAACCGGAAACAUGGAAGCAAGGGAAGGACGCAUGGCACAGUACAAGGACCUUGUACUUGCCCUGUUAAAAGGCUUCGAAGAGUUCAAGAUCGCCCAAAUUCCCCGGGCAGAGAAUGCGGAUGCAGACCUUCUCUCCAAGUUGACACAGUAUGCUCCCGAGCAUGUUUCAAAACUUGCCCGGGUAGAGAUCCUUGACCGUGCAAGCAUCGAAAAAUUGGAAGUUGCCGCUAUAACGGCCGGAAGCCAAUCUGACCGGUCAAGCUUGGUCGGGGCGGACGACCAUUGGAUGUAUGAUCUGAUGGAAUAUUUGAUGAAUGGGAGCUUGCCAGAACAAGAUGACCGGGCAAGAAAAGUAAAGCUCAGGGCACCCCAAUUCCAGGUUCUUGAUGGAAAGCUGUAUAAAAGGGCAUUUGGGGGGCCACUCCUGAGAUGUCUAACCAGCCGAGAGGCUGAGCGAGUCAUAGCGGAGGUCCACGAAGGCGUAUGCGCGGCGCAUCAAAUGUCCCCAAGGCUGCCCAUCGAAGCUGAAUUCCCAACGUUCUGGGAAUCAAAUUAUCAACCCCAACAAAAUGAAGAAGACCACUUGGCCGAGCUCAACUUGGUCGAAGAACGAAGAAUGGCCUUGGAAGUUAAAAUGAGUACAUACCAACAAGUUGUGAAGAAGUACCAUGACAACAAGGUUGGGCCGCGGUACUUCCAAGUUGGGGAUGAAGUCCUACGAAGAAGAGAAGAAAGUAGACCCGACGAUGGAGGAAAGCUGGCGAAAAACUGGGACGGCCCAUACAGGGUUAGAGCCAUCAUUCGACCAGGAACGUAUCGGUUAGAAACUUUAGAUGGUGUACCGGUAGAAAGAACUUGGAAUUCCCACCAUCUUCGCAAGUUCUACAAAUGAUUGUAAUACUAGGCGAGGCCUAACCACAUUAUCAAUCAAAGUGAUGUUCAAUACUCUACUUGGUAGCGACAGAAUUGAUAAGUCGAACCUAUCCUAGAAGGGCUUCCUGGGUGGAUCGAAUCCACUUGGAUAAGCCAACUGAGACACAGG